UCGUGUCAAAACAUUCCAGUUCAGAGCUUUUGUUGGCCUGACAAACCUAAAAUGAAUACGUGAGCACAGAAGAAGAAUGAUGGGCGGUGUUAAAACCUGAGACUGCUGGGAAAUUGAGUUCAUGAAUAUUAACAUCGCAAUAUCACGUUUUUUCAUUUACAGGGAGAAGUUUUUAUGUUGGAAAUUGCUUCAGUUUGAUAUUCAUUAUAUAAGUGAAAACUCUCGUUUGAGUUAAACCUUAAUUUUGAGAGGAUUUUUCUUCUCGAACCUUCUUCCCAGCACCGGUUUACCCACAGUGCACUGCGGCACUUCCUUUCUUCUUGGUCUUUCAGUGCUCCAAAAUGUCGCUUUUGGAGGGUCCGUUAAAUGUGUUCGGCCAGAGGACAACUGGCGAAUCUGUUCGCACCCAGAAUGUCAUGGCUGCAGCAUCCAUCGCCAACAUCGUUAAGAGCUCUCUCGGACCCGUUGGCCUCGACAAGAUGUUGGUGGACGAUAUUGGGGACGUGACCAUUACCAAUGAUGGAGCGACCAUCCUGAAGCUGCUGGAAGUGGAGCACCCAGCUGCCAAGGUCCUUUGUGAACUGGCUGACCUGCAGGACAAGGAAGUUGGGGAUGGGACCACGUCUGUGGUUAUUCUGGCUGCAGAGUUUCUGAAGAGCGCAGAUGAGCUGGUAAAGCAAAAGAUUCACCCCACGUCAGUCAUUAGUGGAUAUCGUCUAGCUUGCAAGGAAGCGGUGCGAUACAUAAAUGAGAAUCUAACCAUCGGGACAGAUGACCUGGGAAGAGAGUGCCUUAUCAAUGCAGCCAGGACCUCCAUGUCCUCCAAAAUCAUUGGAGUGUAUCCUGAAAAUAGGACUGAUUUGACUGAAAGUUCUCACAGUGAUUCAGAAUUCUUUGCUAACAUGGUGGUGGAUGCUGCCAUGGCUGUGAAAUUUGUUGACGGCAAAGGAGUGGCCAAGUAUCCCAUAAACUCUGUGAACGUGCUGAAAGCCCACGGCCGCAGCCAGAAGGAGAGUUUCCUGGUCAACGGAUAUGCAUUAAACUGCACAGUGGGUUCACAAGGAAUGGUGAAGCGUGUGGUAAAUCCUAAGAUUGCCUGCCUGGACUUUAGUCUGCAGAAGACCAAAAUGAAGAUGGGUGUUCAAGUCAUCAUUAAUGAUCCAGAGAAGCUUGACCAGAUCAGACAAAGGGAAUCUGAUAUCACCAAAGAGAGGAUCCAAAAGAUUCUGGCAGCCGGAGCAAAUGUCAUUCUGACCACUGGUGGCAUAGAUGAUAUGUGUUUGAAGUACUUUGUGGAUGUUGGAGCCAUGGCAGUGAGAAGGGUUCUCAAAAAAGAUCUCAAACGAAUUGCCAAGGCAACAGGAGCCACUGUCUGCCCAUCUCUGUCCAAUCUGGAGGGAGAAGAAUCAUUUGAGGUCACUAUGCUCGGCCAGGCAGAGGAAGUUGUGCAAGAGCGUAUCUGUGAUGACGAGCUCAUCCUUAUCAAGAACACCAAAGCCCGGAGCUCAGCCUCCAUCGUUCUGCGCGGAGCCAACGACUUCAUGUGUGAUGAGAUGGAGCGCUCUCUGCAUGACGCUCUGUGUGUGGUCAAGAGGGUACUGGAGUCCAAGUCUGUAGUACCUGGAGGAGGUGCUGUCGAGGCUGCUCUGUCCAUUUACCUGGAGAACUAUGCUACCAGCAUGGGUUCCAGAGAGCAGCUUGCCAUUGCUGAGUUUGCUCGGUCUCUUCUGGUCAUCCCCAAAACACUGGCCGUGAAUGCAGCACAGGACUCCACCGACCUGGUGGCCAAGCUGCGGGCCUUCCACAACGAGGCUCAGGUCAACCCUGAACGCAAGAACCUCAAGUGGAUUGGUCUGGAUCUGGUAAACGGCAAACCCAGGGACAACCGUCAGGCUGGCGUGUACGAACCCACAAUGGUAAAGACCAAAAGCCUCAAGUUUGCCACCGAGGCGGCCAUCACCAUCCUCCGCAUCGAUGACCUCAUCAAACUGUUCCCAGAGCCGAAAGAGGGCGGGCAAUCCUACCAGGAUGCUGUGGCCUCUGGUUCUCUGGAGGGCUGAAAGUCUCAUUGGUUCUAGUAGGUUCAAUGUCUGUAUUUAUAACACGCCGAGCCCGUUGUAGCGUUGCUCUAGAAAAGGCCGUGCACUUUGCCCGUUUACUGAUGUCCCACUCCCCGCCGCUUCCAGAGGAACUGUAUGUGAUCUUGUUUUUGUUUUUUUUGUUAUUUUGGACACAAAAUAAAGCUCCAAUGGGUGCAAGUGACUGAUCCAUCAAA